CGCCAUAAGAGCAGCAGACGUCCACAUCAACAGGACGAAUGGAAACCAGCAAGGUCAUCUCGACGGAGAAAGCAACGGUCGUCAUCCAAGUAAAUCCACAUGUGUGUGACGGACAGGAGAACGGAGGAGUGUAUCACAACACGGCUCUCUCUGAGUUUCUCAAAGCACAACCAAAGGCACUCGGGACGGUCCAGAUCAUGACUGGAGUGAUGGUCUUCUUAUUUGGUAUUGUGCGCACCACCAGCAUGCAAUAUUACCCAGCUCUUUCUGUCUUUAGUGGCAUAACCUACUGGGGAUCUUUCAUUUACAUCAGUGCGGGAUCUCUGUCUGUCGCUGCGCAGAGGAAACUUCAUCUCUGUGUGGUGAAAGCUUCUCUUAUAAUGAACGCCAUCAGUGCCGUCACCGCAGGACUCGCCAUUCUCCUGGUGUCAAUAGAGAUAGGACUGUUUUCUGAUGGAAUUUGCAACAAUUACAAUGAAAGGUCUCCUCGCAUCUGCUUAUCUUGGAAGAGAUAUGAUCUGGGGGUCAAUGGGAUAUUGCUGGUGUUCUCCGUCCUCCAGUUCAUCAUCUCCAUCUGUAUGUCAGCGUUCGCCUGCAAAGCCUCCAGCGACUAUGACUCUACAGUGGUUCAUGUGGCGCUCACUGGGGAUACUAUGUCACAGUAAGGAGAUCCAACCAAGGUUGCAGAAAUUACAGUCUCAAGUGUAAGACUGGUUUUCAGAAGACGGGAUC